ACUCGCCGAUCGCCAUUGUUUACAAACAUUGAAGACGAAGGCGACGUGUACAGUGGGCGUGAUUUCCAAUUUUUACGAUAAUAUCCCUACAGAAGAAUUAUGGAGUCUAAGCCGCGGGUUGUUGUGCUUUCCACACACGAGAAAGAUGGAAGGGAGAUUGUGAAAGGCAUCCUUGAUUUGGAGUGCCUGCCAAAUCCAGUAGUCGAAGGGGAGGGUGUCGAGUGCUGGUCUUGGGAGAUGGAAAAUAAAUACUACACAGCUUCGGUGCUGCUGACGACAGUGCCUCACCCAGAGAAGUGUUUGCAGUGGAUCCUAGAGAGCGGGGAGGCCCUGAUUAUAUAUUGUGAUGCAACGCAGAAUGAUGCCCUAGACAGCAUAAACAGCUUGGUGGAAAAUGUCGGGGAGUUUGAGCCAGAGGUGCAGAUGUUGGUCUGUGACUCUUGCUCUUCAGAAGAUGGCAAUGGUGGGCCUUUCGAGACUGAACGUCACAUGGACCAAAAUAUGGACAUUAUGCUUACAUGUGCAGCCGCUCUGCUGGCCCAGCAGUGGUGUAUAAGUAAUGGCUGGGAGCUCAUAGAACUGAAUCGUGCUCAGGAAACCAACAACGAGGACUCUGAAGAUGAGGAUGACUUCCCAGAGAGCCUUGGCUUUAAGCGUGUCCGCCAGGCUCUUCAUGCGCACACCUGGUCCAACCUAGUCAUGAAAGAUAACAACCGAAGCAGCCGAUUGAAUGCAGUAUUGCAGUCAGUGGCCUCAAAGGACGACAAGAGCGGCAAAGAAGGACAAGAAUCAGAUGAGGUGCUCUACUCUCAACUGUCAGACUUGACUGUGGAGGAUAACAACACAGGGGCCUCACCCCUUCCAGGUGACUAUUUAGACCCCAUGAUGAUGGAAGGCUGCCUGGAAAAAGAUGAGGGUGACUUUGAGAAUCUCUUUUCUAGCUUUGAGCACCUCAAGCGGACUGCGUCAUCGCUCCCACCCGAUCAACGGAGGGACUAUGCAGAGAAAGUGGCUGUGGCUUUCUGGAGGGCCAUGGGGGGGAUGAAGAUGAGGUCGAUGGGUUGGAUUCGGAGUAAUAGCAGUGGAAGUGUUGGCAGUUUAGGGGCGUUGAAAUAGCAUGUAUAAAAAGUUUAUUUCUCUUUCAGGUUACAUAUGGUAUUGUAUAUGUAUGUUUGUUGUUAUGUUUUCCUUUUUCUCUUUUCUUUUUUGUUAUUAGAUGUUGUUGUAGAUAAAGCAAUUUAUGUAUAUUAUGCGUGAUGUGAUCUAAAGUAAGCAAGAGAUAUAUAUGUAUAGGAAGAUAGGCAAUAUAUCUUGUUUCGAGCUUGAGAUGUUAUGGUAUGUUAAAGAUGAAAACAUACAAUACCCUUGUUUUCAGUGAUGUAUGCAUGGUUCUGCAGAUACAGUUGCUCCAAGAUAUUAUAUAAUAGUGAAAUUUCUACAUUUAAUCAGUUAUCUACUAUUAAAAGAUAAGAUCUGGAAUAAAAGAAAUUAAUGAUCAGAUUUUUUUUUUUGUGAGAUGUAUCUUUAUGAUUAUUUGUAUAAUUUUUUUUUCUGUAGUCUUCAGUGGUGCCUGUUCUCCAGUGUAGAUUUUCAUACGAUGUUAAAAAUAAUAGAUAGAAUCCAGUGAGGCAUUCACUUCGUAAUUUGUGGAAGUGCCAGCUGUAAAAAUAUAUGAAAAUUAUAAUUUAGGAAAUACUGGCCCAAUGUGUAUUCAUUUAUCAUUUACAAAAUACUUCCCGUGUAAAAAUUCAACAUUAUACAAUAUACCGAUAUGAAUAAGAAUCAGUUACUGUGGCAUCGGGCACAUGUAGAUGGGGAAUGACGACGACAAAAUUGGGAAAACUGAAAAACUGACUUGUACCCUUAAUUAUUAGAGUCGAGAUUAUAGCCGGGAUUAUAGUUCAAUCUUUCCUGUCUAAGAAAUCCUCAGAUUCUACGUAGUUUCAUAGCACAUAACCAAAUAAUCUGAGUAAAUAGUUUUGUUUUGUUAGAUAUUUUUUAUAUUCUUAAUACAUUCUAGGGCCUUCUCUUUUACCUAUUUAUUUUGUUUAUAUUGGAUUUAAUGAAUUUUUGUCAGGACAUGUUUUCAAUGGUACUACAAGAUUUUUAUUUAUUUCUAUCAAUUUUUUAAAUCUUUUUACUUAUGAUUUUUAUGAAAACAUUUCGUUUUGCAUACUAAAUUUUAACAUUUUCUUCAUAAUUGUGUAUGUAGUGUUCAAUUGCAUUUUACUUUUGUGAUUAUACAACUAUUAUGUGUUCAAUUUUAUUUUCAGUUUAAAAGAGUAAUUUUAAAUGAAAACGUCUUUGUUUUAUGAGUACAGUGCAAAAAAAAAAGAAAAAAAGAGAUUAACUUGGUCAAGAAAAGAAUAAUGUAGUCAUUUAUUGCUGCCUGUCAACUGAUGCAAAGUGUAGAAAAUAAGAUUAGACGAAACUGCUUAGGAUGCUGUUGACAUCUGUCAGGGAAUUGUAAGACAAAGAAUGAAUUAUGAAUUAUGCAAAUUUGGGAGAAUGAUGCUACAUUCCAAUUUUUUAUGCAUAUGAAUAAUAAUAAAUGUAGUUUUUUUUUUUUUUUAUUCCUAUGGAUAUUUGAAUUUAUAAGUUGAAUAAAGAAAAUAUAUAGUAACAAUAAAUGAUAAUGAUAUGAAUACACAUAAGAUUAUAACCUAGUUAAUAACAAAAGUUGUAAAUAAACUCAACAGGAAAAUAUAUCAUC